CGUCAUGAGCACAGCAAUGCCAUUAUUUACACCAAAAAAAUGUAUUCCAAUAACCAAUAACUUUCAAUAACAAAUCAGCUCCAUGUAAAAAUCGGCCUCCGGGCGAAUGGUGGCGCUAUCUACGUGACAAAAUUGUACUACCAAAAUGCCGUAAUUUCUUGACCCACUGAUUUGGUUGAGUGGCGUCACCUUAUCUUCUCUAUAUUGUGACUACCCCCAACUCUGCACAUUGCACAUGAGCCGGCGGUUGUUAUCAACUAAUCACUACGGUAGUUUUAAAUUAUGAUAAUUAGAUCCCGCGUUAAAUAGUAAAUACUGCUGCGGGCUGCCACUGUAAGUAGCAAGUGCCAAGAAGUUAGUACUUGUUUCUCUGUGCUGUAUUGUUUGUAACUACUAACUUGUGUACUUUCAGCCUUUUGUCUUAUAAAGAAAUGUACAUUAGUUUUUAAACUUCAGCAAACCGUCAAUGGUGGUGUGAAGAAAAGAUGAACCAGCAAUGGUACCAGGAUACUUACUACGAUGAAGAGCGCACCUAUGAUAUCGCAGCAGAUUAUUACUAUUACGAAAAUGAUGCUGAUGAUGACUUCGGAGCAUUGCACCCGUGGUCAACACCUGUAGAAAACCAGUAUUCAAGAUAUAUGUUCUGGAGAGAAUUUAAUCUAAUCACAGAACAGUGUGCCUUACCUGCUGUGCUAACUGCAUACUGGUGGAGUAGCCAUGUUGGUGUUACUUUAGUGGCUUCUAUCUGUUUUCGGAUACUGAUUUUGUUUUUUCAAAGAUUCAGAUGUUUAUCCAACUGGGUGUUACACAUAGUAUGUGCUGCUUGUGGUUUAGCACCUGCACUCAUUAGCUCUUCAACUAAAGAAAAUGGAAUCCCACACCAUCGGUGGGUACCAGCAGCGUUGAUAGUUGGUUAUAUGGUGCUUCUAUAUUCCAUAUCUUUGUUGACAAUAUUACUAGAAAGGAAUAAUACAAAUAAAAAACAAGAAAAAUUCAAUGCUGCAGUGGUUUUUUCAGCAGUUGUCUUAGCAUUACUUGUGUAUCGUGAGUAUGUACUGGAUAGCUCUAGAGCAUGGCAAAGCACCCGUGGGACACACAUGUUAAUGUCUAUGAAAGCUGUUGCUUUAAUAUUAGAUUAUAGAUCAGGCCGCCUAAACAGUCUGCCUAGUAUAGCUGAAUACACAGGCUAUAUGUUGUGUGCUGGAUGUGCACAGCUUGGACCUUAUAUAAGCUAUAAACAGUACUUACAAGCGUUUCGGUCACGACCAUCUACAUACUUAAAGAACCUAAAACAGUGGGUAGCUGUGAUUAAAAACUUGGGAUUAUCCAUGGCAUGGUUUAUGGGAUCUGUUUGCUAUGUUGACUGGCUGCUAGACACGAGCUAUUAUAGAUAUUAUGGAAUUGCUAUUGCGGUAGACACUUAUAGAAGAGCAGCUUCAUAUAGAUCUGGUCAUUAUUUUAUUGCUGCUGUAGGUACUACAAAUGCUCAAGCAUGUGGGUAUCUUAGUGAAUGUGACGAAAGAAUAGUAACUGCUAAACCCAGUUCUGUAGAAUGGCCAAAGCAAAUGUCCUAUGUAGCAUCAGCGUGGGAUAUUCCAACUCACCAAUGGCUUAAAACAUCGACUUAUAGAACGUUUAACGCACAAACGGCUCAGUAAAUAAAAAUUGGAUGUUGCUUGAACACCUGAUAAUGUUAACAGCUCUGUGAAUUAUCGGUUUUUGGACCUGUAAAAUACUGGCACGAUUAUCAAUUAUAACCGCAAUUUUGUUAUAAUAAUAUAGCAUUUCUUAAUGCAACAUUUUAUUAGUUUACACUAUCAUUAAAACUUUACACAAUAAAUUAGUAACAGAUUAGUUACAGGGACAUUAUCACAUUUACAGAUAGAUUUUUAUACAACCCACCCUAAGAAAAAAAAAAACGCCAGUACUAACAGUAAAUUUACCAAAUUUUCACAAGGUAUAGAGAAGAACUUAAUCCAUGAGGUAGCGUUUUAAUUUUUUUGGUAUCUAUACUUAAUAUUUUUUAUAAGCAAAUUUAAAAAGGAAAAAAUAAUGACUACGAAUGAAUAAUUUUGAUUGUGCUUAAGUUAUCAAAAAACUAAAAACGCUACCCCAUAGAUAAAGUUCUUCUCUAUCCAUUGUAAAAAUUGUAUACGGCUACCCUAAAUACUGCCUUCACAUUCUUGUCACCCGCAAAAUCAUUUAUCAAGUAUAAAUUAUGGGUGGUUAGCAUCCUUUGAAGUAAUAUUUAAAAUGAAGUGUUUUGAUGAAAUAUUAAUAUAUUGUAAAAAAAAAGGUCAUGAUUGUACGAAUAAAUGAAUGUUGGAUACUUUGGUAAAUAAAAAUGUUUAUUGAUAUUUUUUCAGAACUAAAUUUAUCAAAAAAUAUCCCAAACAAUUUUGUUGCUAUUUUUACUUUAAGAGUCAUUAUUUCCAACACGGCCUUCAUGAAGUACUUUUAAUUAAAAAUUGUAGGUUUGGUCCAAAUGAUGUGCUAAGAACUAAUCCAUAAAAUUUGCAUUAUCAAAGAAAAGCAACAUUUUUGUUAAUAGGUUUGAAAGGUUUUCACCCUUAUUGCAAAAUGAUUUUGUGCAAAAAGAAAAUUCUGGGAAGUGUUAUGGAUUUAGUCUAGAUUGGUUCAUAACACAAUAUUCUGCAAAAAAGUGGUUAAUAGCACCUUAUUCGGACCAAACAUAACAAUUUUUGAUCUAUAGACUAGAUGUGAAUAAAGCAGUUGCACCAUAGAAUAAAUAUUAUUUUGUGAUUCAACAGUUAAAAAAACUGCUGAUAACAUUUGAAUUAAAAAAAACACAGAAAAAUCAACAUAUUUUAUAUUUGUCUGAUGACUUUUAUCCGUGUACGUAGUAACUUAAUUAUUGCUUACAAUAAUUGACGGUAGCAGUAAGUAUAAUAAAAAUGAAUUGAAAUAAUGGAUAACCAGUAAUGAAUGAAUUGUAACAACUGUAGCCAAUAGAAAGUGUAGACUUUAUACUAAUAUUUUGGCUACGUUAUUUUUUCUGUCGUAAUUCAUACAUUGACAAACCAGUUGAAACAUAAUAAUGAAGUUUGAACAUAUUUUUAAAUUUCUCUUCUUAUUUAUUUAACA